GAGACGGCUCACUGAGACAGCAGGGCGCCUGGAAACAGGUUUGAACAGCGCAGAGCAGAGAGAGGCUAUCACGUUUGUCGGGCAGCUAGAGUAGCAGAAGAACAUUGUGGAGUCCGGACCUGUGUGUUGUGUAUAGUAGGUCGGAUUUUUUUUCUCCAAAUUCUGUCAGCGAUAUUUUUCGAUUUUGGGGGACCUUCAACAUCUCUGCGCAACGGCGGGGAGAAGCGAAAACAACCAAAAGUUACGCAGGAAGGGAGUAAUGUUACAUUUACAAGGAAAGAAAAACCCAGCACAGAAAGGGAGCGGGGAAGUAGUGGCUCGCUAGCUGGCGAGCUAGCUAGUUUUGGAAGAAACCGCAAAGAAAGUAUGUCUGUGUCCGUGCGUAAUGCUUUCGCAAUGGAUUACAACAGAGUACUGUGUAUAUUUUUGCAGGUGUUUUUAUUGAUCAGUUUAGGAUCUAUAAGGGUAAAUGGACAGUAUGGCGACCGGGGAAUGUCUAUUCCGGAGCACGGCUUUUGCCAGCCGAUUUCUAUUCCACUUUGUACGGACAUCGCAUACAACGAGACCAUCAUGCCAAAUUUACUAGGACACACAAACCAGGAGGAAGCAGGGCUCGAGGUACACCAGUUUUACCCGCUUGUGAAAGUUCAGUGUUCUCCUGAUUUAAAGUUUUUCCUCUGCUCCAUGUAUGCGCCUGUGUGCACGGUGCUUGAGCAGGCGCUUCCCCCGUGCAGGUCACUGUGCGAGAGGGCGAGACAGGGCUGCGAGGCGCUCAUGAACAAAUUCGGUUUUCAGUGGCCGGUCAGCCUCGCUUGCGAGUCUUUCCCGGUUCACGGAGCGGGCGAGCUGUGCGUCGGGCAGAAUAUGUCGGGUCAAAGCACACCGGUCAAUCCCACCCCUGAUGUAACGGAGCCUCCGCACGAUACUGGGAUUGUAAAAGGACAGUUCAAGUGCCCGGCUUCUCUGAAAGUACCCACUUAUUUGAAUUACCGUUUUCUCGGUGAGGAUGACUGUGGCGCACCGUGCGAGCCAAAGAAAUCUAACGGAAUGAUGUACUUCAGCGAGGAAGAGUUAAAAUUCGCCAGGAUAUGGAUAGUAAUCUGGUCCGUGUUAUGUUGUGCAUCCACGUUAUUUACCGUUCUAACCUAUCUGGUGGACAUGAAGCGCUUCAGCUACCCUGAGCGUCCUAUUAUCUUCCUAUCCGGUUGCUACACCAUGGUAUCCAUUGCCUACAUAGCUGGAUUUCUCCUUGAGGACAAGGUGGUUUGCAAUGACAGGUUUGACAACGACAUUAGGACUGUGGUGCAGGGUACCAAAAAGGAGGGAUGUACCAUCCUCUUCAUGAUGUUGUAUUUUUUCAGCAUGGCCAGCUCCAUCUGGUGGGUCAUCCUGGCCCUCACCUGGUUCCUGGCAGCAGGGAUGAAGUGGGGUCACGAAGCCAUCGAGGCCAACUCGCAGUACUUCCACCUGGCGGCGUGGGCUGUGCCCGCCAUUAAAACCAUCACUAUCCUGGCAGUGGGCCAGGUGGACGGGGAUGUCCUUAGCGGCGUGUGCUUCGUGGGCAUCAACAGCGUGGACGCUCUCCGAGGCUUCGUCCUAGCGCCGCUCUUUGUCUACCUCUUCAUCGGCACCUCGUUCCUCCUGGCCGGCUUCGUGUCUCUGUUCCGGAUCAGAACCAUCAUGAAGCACGACGGCACCAAGACGGAGAAGCUGGAGAAGCUGAUGGUGAGGAUAGGGAUCUUCAGCGUGCUCUACACCGUCCCCGCCACCAUCGUCAUCGCCUGCUACUUCUACGAGCAGGCCUUCCGGGAGCAGUGGGAGAGGACCUGGAUCAGCCAGACGUGUAAGACGUACGCCGUGCCCUGUCCGGCCCACCCACACCCCAACAUGAGCCCCGACUUCACCGUCUUCAUGAUCAAGUACCUCAUGACUCUGAUCGUGGGGAUAACGUCCGGGUUCUGGAUCUGGUCUGGGAAGACCCUCAACUCCUGGAAGAGGUUUUAUACGAGACUGGCUAACAACAGACAGGGAGAGACCACGGUGUGAGUGGUCUGAGUGGGGUGAGACCUCUGGAUGUACUGUAGCCUAUGAUGGGCGUCCCCCACACACAAAAAAAAAUUGUUUAUUUACAGACUGAAUGAAUGAUAAUCGUUUUUGGACUUAAUUGCCAUGCAGAGACACUCAUUGGUACAUGAUGUUUCUAUUGUACAUAAAACAUUUUGUGAGAUUUUUGUAAGUAUAUAUUUGUAUUUAAAGAUCAAAAUUCUCUUUUUUAGUUGUUUCCCUCUAUUAAAACCAACAUUUAUUUGACACACUUUGGGCAUAAUGGAAAUGGACCUUGGUGAUAAAGAGCCAGCUGACUGAGCAUUUAGCAUGAAGGAUGUGGUUGUCUUAGGACCUGAGUUGGCUCGGUCACUGCUGGGAGAGGGUUGGAGCGGUUGAGUUGGCUCGGUCACUGCUGGGAGAGGGUUGGAGCGGUUGAGUUGGCUCGGUCGCUGCUGGGAGAGGGUUGGAGCGGUUGAGUUGGCUCGGUCGCUGCUGGGAGAGGGUUGGAGCGGUUGAGUUGGCUCGGUCGCUGCUGGGAGAGGGUUGGAGCGGUUGAGUUGGCUCGGUCGCUGCUGGGAGAGGGUUGGAGCGGUUGAGUUGGCUCGGUCGCUGCUGGGAGAGGGUUGGAGCGGUUGAGUUGGCUCGGUCGCUGCUGGGAGAGGGUUGGAGCGGUUGAGUUGGCUCGGUCACUGCUGGGAGAGGGUUGGAGCGGUUGAGUUGGCUCGGUCACUGCUGGGAGAGGGUUGGAGCGGUUGAGUUGGCUCGGUCACUGCUGGGAGAGGGUUGGAGCGGUUGAGUUGGCUCGGUCACUGCUGGGAGAGGGUUGGAGCGGUUGAGUUGGCUCGGUCACUGCUGGGAGAGGGUUGGAGCUGUCUUUGAUCAGUAGACUGGCCUGGAACAUUGUUUCUAUUCUAAGCAGCAGAGUCCCGUGAAAAACAAUUGCUUCCUCGUGGGUCCUUAUCCCCCAUUAUUCUGCUGUUCUUUCUGUCCAACUGUUCUCUUCUAUUCAACAUAUUUCUAAAUGCCUAAAUGCCUGGGAUUUGAAGGUUAAAAAUAUGAUGCACAUGUAUUUUAAAAUGAGGUAUAGGUUUGUUCAACAUAUUUCUAAAUGCCUUGGAUUUGACGGUUAAAAGUACAGUCAGCAUUUUUAUAACAAGGAAGUAGGUAUAGAUUUGGGAUUGUGUGCACAUGUACUGUGUAGCCUACAUGACAUGAAUCCUCCAAAUACACAUGUUUUCAUAACCUGAAUGAGAUUGAGCCAGAAUGAGAACAUUUAGCCCAAGAUAAAGCCCAAAUAGUUGCACCAAAGUUAAAAGCUGUCUUUUGGUGACAAAAUAUUGUAAUAGAAUGAAAGUAAACCAUUUGCAGGAUCUUUUCAACAUUUUGUUUAUGUGUUUCAGAUAGCCCUGCUGCCUAUGAACACAGAACAGACACACGUUGUUUGUGGCUUUGUUUACCUUUUUGAGCACUUUGAGGGGAAAUACUAGCCUGGUCCCAGAUCUGUUUGUGCUGUCUUGCCAACCCCGAAGAACCAUAGGAGUAGGCAGGACAGCACAAUCAGGUCUUGGACCAGGCUAGGGGAAUACAGAAUGCUGGACAGAGACUGCUCAGACUCAGAGGUGGGCUAAAUAACACAUCAGCUGCACACCUAAUGCUUUCUCACAGACAGACAGACAGACAGACAGACAGACAGACAGACAGACAGACAGACAGACAGUUGAAAUACACAGUAGCCUACUCUACAGCUGGCUGUAUAAUUGGCUUAUAAAAACUGAAAACAAAUGAAUAAUUGAAGGAGAUAGGACAGUGCGUUUUGUAAUUUUCAGACCUACAGGUAAUCAGAGUCAGAAAAUGAUUAUUCCCCAGAAGGAAAUUGUUGGCAAAAUGUGGCUGUAUUUUUUUUUACAAUGGGCCCAGGUGGCAGCUUUGAGCAGUCCCCUUUCUCUCCUGGUUAACUGUGUGCUUGUGUUUGUGUGCACACAUGCUCGUGUGUGUAUGUGUGUGUGUGUUGGUGCUAACCAUGCAGGAUGAGCAGCUGUCUUUAGGCUUUAUAAAGAAAGACACCGUAAUCUGUCCCCACUCAAACAUCUUCUGUUAUGUUCUUGUCAAAUGCAUGAAAGUUAUUUGACCCUAAAUGCAUGGAUGGCUCUCUAUUAAACAACAUGUUCAUGCCUUUGACAUCUAUUAUGUUUAAUUCUGGUGUUCUGCAUUUGUUUGUUAUUAAAAACAUUAUAUUUAUAGAAACAUUUCUUUAUAUCCACACUGAUUACUUUAAAGAAUAAACAAUCCCACCUUUGCACCAAC